AUGAAUUUUCCUUUCCAAUUGCAGAAUAUCAGUGAACAAGUUGCCAGAUAUUCAACAGGAAUGAAUUUUCCUUUCCAAUUGCAGAAUAUCAGUGAACAAGUUGCCAGAUAUUCAACAGGAAUGAAUUUUCCUUUCCAAUUGCAGAAUAUCAGUGAACAAGUUGCCAGAUAUUCAACAGGAAUGAAUUUUCCUUUCCAAUUGCAGAAUAUCAGUGAACAAGUUGCCAGAUAUUCAACAGGAAUGAAUUUUCCUUUCCAAUUGCAGAAUAUCAGUGAACAAGUUGCCAGAUAUUCAACAGGAAUGAAUUUUCCUUUCCAAUUGCAGAAUAUCAGUGAACAAGUUGCCAGAUAUUCAACAGGAAUGAAUUUUCCUUUCCAAUUGCAGAAUAUCAGUGAACAAGUUGCCAGAUAUUCAACAGGAAUGAAUUUUCCUUUCCAAUUGCAGAAUAUCAGUGAACAAGUUGCUUCUUAUAUGAGAGAUCCAAGCAGAAUGGUUAAGCAGAUGCAGAUGAGGCGAUCGGCAGUUGGUGUAUUUGGCAUUGUUCCUGAGGGGGAGAAUACUCCAAAGGGAGAGGAGACACAAUGUGAUGCUGGUGCACAAGCUGAUGGCGACCCAGAACUUUUAGACGACUCCGAGUUUUACCAGCAAUUACUGAAAGAAUUUUUUGAGACAAUUGACCCAGCAUCUUCUGAGACGGCCUUUUAUUCUCUGAAAAAGUUGCAUACUAAGAAGAGGAAGAUUGUGGACAGACGAGCCUCUAAGAGUCGCAAGAUAAGGUAUAAUGUUCCCGAGAAGAUAGUAAAUUUCAUGUCUCCGGAGCCUAUGACCCUUCCAACUAUGGUUCCAGACCUCAAUAAUUUGUUUGGGUUGAAGAACAAGAAACGAGCUUCUGUAGUAUAGUGUAUAGGCCUUUGGAUCCAGGCUCUGAAAUUUUGUCUGUUAUUUAAAUGAUUUGAGUAUGUUGUCCUGAUAUUUCUGUAAUCCAUUCCAUACCAAUUUUUGUAAUGUUAGCCUCGUCUUCUGAACGCAUAGCUUUGUUGUAAAUCACAGUGAA